GACAGUCAGACUGUCGGUUUAAAACAAGGGGCGGGAGAAGGUUCAGUUUGAAUCUAACAACCAGCGUCUCCACAACCGAACCGAACCGAACCGACACCUGGAAACGGACCGGUACCACUCAUGGCCUCUCAGAACAUGGACCCCGCGGCGGCUGCCACUUCCGGCUCGGCUCUGAAGGCCAGUGAGAGCGGCGGCAGCUCGGCCCGAGGCUCGGUGUCCAAACGGUUACAGCAGGAGCUGAUGACUCUCAUGAUGUCCAGUGAUAAAGGGAUCUCAGCGUUCCCAGAAUCAGAUAACCUUUUUAAGUGGGUCGGAACCAUCGAUGGAGCCCAGGGAACGGUGUACGAGGGGCUCAGGUACCGGCUGUCUCUGGACUUCCCAGCAGGGUAUCCGUACCAGGCUCCUGCAGUCAGGUUUGUGACUCCGUGUUUCCAUCCUAACGUGGACGAUCAGGGCUUCAUCUGCCUGGACAUCCUGAAGGACAAGUGGUCCGCUCUGCUGGACGUUCGCUGCAUCCUGUUGUCCAUCCAGAGCCUGCUGGCAGAACCAAACAACGAGAGUCCUCUGAACACGACAGCAGCUGAACUGUGGACCAACCAGGACGCCUACAGAACUCACCUACAUGCCACCUUCAAGAACUGAAGCAGCUCCAUGUUUCUUUCUUCCUGUCUGACUUUUUUCUGUUUGUAAAAUAUUUGUAUGUUUUAUUUGUUCUGUCAAUAAAGUUCUUAAUUCAA